UGACGUCACUCCUCCCCUUUAAACCGAGGAACACAAGAGCUCGCUAACGUUAGCUUGUUGGCUAACCCUAAUACCGGGGAGACAACUGGCUCAGACCCUACGAACCGUGGUAUUUCUGACUCAAAAAGGUCCCAGAAGAAACACUCGAUGGUUAUUAUAAAAGAAAAAGGUGGGGCGUUUGAAAUAAACGGAGAAAAGCCGUCAAAGUGAAGAAAAAGGGCGCAUUGUCAUGACCAGAUCCAUGGCAAAGUGGCUAAAGGACUACCUGAACUUUGGUAACCGACGUGACCCCCCGCAGCCCCCAAGGCCAGACUACAGCGAGAGCGAGAUUCUGCGGGCCUACCGAGCCCAAAAGGAGCUGGACUUUGAGGAUCCGUACCAGUGCUCGGUAAAGGAGCACCAAAACGGGGGCGGCUAUGGUCGUGUGGAUGUAAGCCUGCCUCCAUUUCCUUCCUUUGGUUCUGGCUUGUCUAACGGUACAACAGAGGUGAAGGUGUUGUCCCCUAAACACAGGCUGAUUAAAGUGGAGUCUCAGGAGUUUGGCCACUGUAAGAUAGCCCUGAGUCCAGUCAGUGUUCAAGAGGAGCCUGUGCUGCCCUCUGCCCCGGUAGCACCGGACCCCGACACGGACUAUUCGGACCCGUUUGACGCCCGUCCAGACCCAAGGACGCAGACCGACUGGGAGCCCGAAUCGGCGCCGGCGGACUGCUCUAGCUACAUGGAGCCGUUUGAGGCUCAGAAGAUUAUUUCAGCAGAGAUGCAGCGUAACAAGAGCACCAGCGGCAGCCAGCUUUACGACAGCCCGUAUGAGGAACGGACCCGACUGCCGGCCCGCGCGCCGACGGCACCGCUACAGCAGCUCCACAAGCUCGACAGUGCGCUUAGCCCCGCAGACGAUAGGGAGAGCCGGCUCCCGCAGAACGAUGAAAGGCCGGCCGACGAGUACGACCAGCCGUGGGAGUGGAAAAAGAAUGACAUCUCCAAAGCGCUCGCCGUUCAGUUUGAGGGCGCUGAGAGGGAGCGCUCGCGUGUCCAAACAGAGAACAGCAGGCUGACAAAAGCCGCCAACGCGUCGGCCGUGGCGGCGGACUCCAACACCCUGCGCCUGCUUUGUGAUGCGCUCCCCCUCCUCGGAGAGCGAGUGGACCCCAACCUACCGCUGGAAAGACAAGUGUGGUACCACGGAGCGCUAAGUCGCUCCGAGGCAGAGUCUCUGCUGACCCUGUGCAAGGAGAGCUCCUACCUGGUGAGGAACAGUCAGACCUGCCGCAAUGAAUUCUCUCUCUCGCUCAGGAGUUGCAAGGGCUUCAUGCACAUGAAGUUCACGCGCUUGGCCGACGGCUGCUUCGUCCUCGGCGAGAACAGCCCACCCUUCGCCACCAUCCCGGAGGUCAUCCACUACUACAGCACGCACAAGCUGCCCAUCCGGGGGGCCGAGCACAUGUCCCUUCUGUAUCCCGUCAUUGUGCAGACGCUCUGACAGAUGCCAAAAUUUCGUGGCAGCUCAAAUUCAGCCCGGUGCCUCGACAACACGGACUGCAAGGCUGAGCGCUGACAUUUGAAAGGAUCUUCUUGAGAGGUUCUUGCACAUCGCUGGCAUUGGGCCGGAAGCUCUUAGGUUACAAUUUGAUAAAUGUCAUAGUUUUUCACAAAUCUUCCCCACGUGUGGGCGUUAUUUUUACAAAUAUUUCGACUGCUCUCAACCAUUGAAAAGGGCUUGUGCGCUUUGAUGACGCAAUGUUAAUGCUUGACGAAGAAUGUGUUUUUGGGGUCUCCUGAAAAGUGAAGAUUUUGGAGGUACGAGGAUUAUGCCCAACGUCGGCUGUAGAUAGAUAAAUCGUAGAUUUAAGUUUCCUGUCGCUCACAUUUUUAGGUGUUAGUGACCCACAUAGUGGAUGAGUUGAAAGCGUCAAGACACUUGAGGUGUGCAUUUGUCAUCCAAAUAUAGCUUUGUUCUGUUUUCUAAGAUUUGAGAAUAAACUUAUCUGUUUUUAA